AUGCUUACUGCCUGCUUAGCCGCUUCCCGCAAGAAGAAGGGUAUUGAUACCAUCGACAAGGCUUUCCUCAAGUCCCUCAAGUACUACCCCCGCGCCAAGUCCAUUCUCUCCAAGUACAAGGUUCUCCAGUUCCACCCCUUCGACCCCGUCUCCAAGAAGGUCGUCGCCGUCGUCGAACUGUCGAGGAGGACCACUCCAUGUCUGAGGAGGUUGACUAGGCCUACAAGAACAAGGUUGCUGAGUUCGCUACCCGUGGUUUCCGUUCUCUGGGUGUUGCCAGGUAUGUUUCUCGCUUACUAUUCAACUCUCUACUUUCCGACAGCAACCCUUGAGGUUGAUACUCAAAACUUCCCAACCAAGACAAUCGUUCCACUCAUUAUCGCAUGGGUUGUUAUUGGCUACAUCUGGUUUUGGUAUCGAUCGAUAAAUAUUUGGGUUCAUUGGAAUGGAGCUAUCGAUACGUUUACCCACUACACAGAAAACCAACAAAGAACCCGGAUCGCAGCAUAUUGCCUGAUACCUCUGAUGUUUGUUGGAAUAUGGCCUCUCGAUUUGUUUGGCUGUAUCAUUUGCUACGUAUCGAAAGCGAUCAAUAACGAACAAGGACUUCCGAGGACCUUACCAAUUGCGGAAACCCUAAACACAACUCCGACGAACCCAAAUGUACAACACCCUGACCCUCCCCCACCUUACAAUGGCGUUGGGGCGAAGUGUGCUCGUCCAUAAAUCACUUUACCGAUCGUGACGUUGAGCGUAGUAUUUGGCGAGGAGGUUGUAGUGAUGUUUGUGACGGGUGGCACAUAACAGCGGAAGAUGAUAGCUCUUUGAGGCUAAAGCGUGCUUGUUGUCUCUUUUUUCCCCUGAAGAGUUAUCGCGUUUCUGGCUAUGAGGGUAAACUCGCGGUACCAAACCUGGCCUAAUAGCCCACAGACUCGCCGUUCCUAUUUUGGUAGCCCUUACUCAAUUAUACAAGAGGAGGAACCCGAAGGUUUUUAUACAUUCCCACACUCAAACGCCUGUGCAGUCUUGGUGGACGUGU